GUGUGUGCUUUCAAUAUAUUCUAUAUGUGUGCAAGUGGACUGUGUAUUCUGGUGUAUUGAUAGGCCGGUGUGUUUAUUCUUUACUGCUUGUGCAUUCAUUCAACUGAGAUUAUCAUUAGGACUCGGACAGUUAUAUCCAGACCGUUGCCUCCGAAGCUGAAUAUUAUUUGCAAACAUCUAAUAAGACAGCAACAGAUAUAACAGGGGUUGUUGAGCAGAAAAAUGGCAGAAGAGUUUCAGAAGUUCUUAAAAAAUCUAGCUGAGAGUAUUUCUGAAGAGGAGCUGAAGUCAUUGGCUGGAGCUUGUCAAGACAAUAUUCCAAAUGAAGAUAGAUUGAAGUUCGAUAAGCAUCAGGACCUCUUCAAAUACUUGGAAAAGGACGGAAACCUUGGACCAGAUAACCUUUCGUAUCUUGAGCAUGCACUAGAAAAAAUUUGUCGUCCAGAUCUCGUGACCCAAGUAAUGGAUUUCAAGAAAACAAUUGUGUCAAAUGAGGAUAGCAACAGGACAAUACGUGGACCAGCACGAAAAUAUAAAUCCCUUGAUAUAGAGACAGGAGAUGUUCCAGAGGAUAUCAUUUCCGGCAUCUCCAAGAUUAAACUUGCGCCUCCACCGCUGGAGAGGAGGAAAACCAAAGAAUAAAGAUGCGUUGUGAUUGUUGGUAUGAAAUCUAUGAAGAAAGGCCAGACGUCAUGGCAUUUACCGAAGACAUCUUUUUUAUUACUAAAUCUUUUUUUAUAUGAUUGAUUGGUAAAUGUGCUCUGAGGGAGAAGAUGAAGCAAACUUUAGAGAUGGCUCAACUUUUCAAAGAUAUAACAAGCUUUAGGAAAAUGCUGUGAAGAAUUUGCUGUAUCACUGUGGUUUCCGUAUUUGUGUGUGUGUUGUUCAUUGUCUGUUUUCACUACUUGGUGUAAAUUGCAAUUUGGUGCUUACUGCUGUGGAGGUGGACAUAGCUUCGGGAUUUACGAUGCAACUGGAAUCGUAAACAAUAUGAAUCGUUGAACUUUAGAGCGUUGUGAUUAGGCACUGCAAAGCCGAAAGUUAUCCAACAAGUUAUUCAGCUUUUAACAACAGCAAACCAUUAGUCUGGAAAUAUCAUAUUUAUAGAUAUUCAUUGAGACAUUAAGACUCGUAAGUUGAUUAUUUUUAAAAGUCAAAGGUUAUACAAUUUUAUUUGUGAAACUAUGAAGUUGAUCAGAUUUGUUGGAAAACAAAAUCCAAGAUGUGUAUUCAAGAAAAUAUUAUAUUUAACAUCUACUUUUAUGUAUGACUUUCAUGUUUAUAGAUAUUUAUUUGCAGAUGAAAAAAACAAAUACAGGUCUCCCUUCAAUUAAAGACCACUAUUGGGACCAGGGCUUCCUGGUCUUUAGCAGCUUUGGUCUUUAAUUGGAAAAAAUAUUAUUAUUAUUAUUAUUAUUAAGAUAAAAAGAUAGGCACUCACUUGAGACUGCAGAAAAGUGGUCCUUACUUCGAGGUUGCCUUAAAUUUGAGGUGGUCUUUAAUUAGAGGGAGACCUUUACAGUAGUUAGUAAAAUCACAUUUGCACAGGAUUUUUCUAACAGCUAGUUAGGAGAUACAUUUACACUUUCACUGUAAAUACAAUGAAAUGAUGGGAAAUUGUUCACGAAUUGAUGCUCAAGUCCGUAGACCAGGUAGCAACAAGCCUAGUUAAGUAGUUUAAUCCAUGAUUUUUAGAAAUAGAUUCCCUGCUGAUUCCAGUGAAUUGUAUGAAAUAAACAUUCCAUCUUUAUUUCACAUUUGCACAACUCAUUACAUCGUAUAGUAAAAAAAAAUAGAUACAUUUAAGUCUUCAAACAUGACUAUUAACAUAGACUACAGAUUUUUAUUUUUUUUUUCAAAUUUGAUUCCAAAAUAUUUUAAAUACUAUACAAAAUGAAGUGCAUGCUAUUUUUAUGGAAUGGCCUCCAUACAUCUAAGUUCUAUUAUUAAUCCAAAGAUUAUUUUUGCAAUAAUUGUUAAUAGUAUACAGCAAAUAUAUGGUGUUAGAAACAUAUAGACAUCUUAUAAAAAAAGAUAUAUUCAAUAUGCAGCAAACAAAUUAUCCCCAUUGAUAGUUCAGAGAUCUUGUGGACAACCAUAUCUUUCAAUAUGCAAGAGAAUCUUUACAGAAGCAAAAUAUAAUACUACUACUACUAAAGUAGUAAGCGCAUUAAAAAUUUUCCAGCGAUAGAUGCCUAUUCAGAAAUAAUUACCAUCAGAGAACAAUCUGGCUCUGAUAAUUAUAUAUGACAAACUAUAUCUUUCAAUAAUUAUCAAAGAUAUAAGAUAUAAUUAUUGUACUACUAAAACCUUAUAAAUGCGCAUUAAAAUUAUUCAAUUUUAUGAGGUGAAUUGAUUUACACAAAUGUCUGAUAAAGUAGGCAAAUAGGUUUCGGUGGUGAAACAGAUAUUCUGGCCUUGAGAAUCAUGGAGUAUCUGUGGGACUGGGUGCGCAUUCUUCUGAAAAAAUGUUGCAUCCCCACCACUGGAAAUUUACUCAAAAUUGGUCAUUAACUGAUAAAAAUUGUUGUAGAAAUGUUUAAAAGGCAAUCUCGUGUAUAGGACAAGUUUUAGUAGGAUAUAAAAUUGAAUUUUAAAAAAAUCCUAGAUUCUCAAAACCCUAUUGCCGACCAAAUUUUGGGUUGUGACCCAUAGUUUGAAAACCACUGUACUAUAGGCAUAGGCACAACUUGCACGCAGUUCUCAAAAUCUUUCUUUUUAACAUUAACAUUUUAGUAGGUUUUGCCAAAGUGACAAAUGUAUUUUAAUGAAAUAAUAUCAAUACUAUCAUUAUGGAUUGUGGCUUUACAUUUAUUAGUUAUAAUAUUUUUCUAAAAACACAUACUUCUUUACUGCUACAUUUUCAAGAUACAAUUUUUGAAUUAAAUGGUUUUAAAACGUUUAUAAGCAUUCAGAUUUCAACAUUUUUAAAUUGGACGUAAUUAGAUUAUCUUUCUGGAAGUUCUAGUGCAUAAUAACAUUGAAAGUGAAUGAGUGAUCAAAUAGCAUUACCAUAGCUUUUUUACUUUUGUC